ACAAAGCUCUACGAGCAAAGUACGCCGUCAGACUGGAGGAGCCUUCAGCGCCUUCGAUCCUGUCAGAGCGGAAUACAGCACAUGCCAGGCCUUUAGCGCCAUGCGGAAUUUGUUGCCUGCUUCAUUGACGAGCUCAUCUCACGACUCGGGCUUCGGACAGAAUGGGAGCCCAACUAAAAUGCUGUUCCAGCAUGAUGGCGGCAGCAACCCCCCUCCGCCGCUCCUGCCUACAACCUGUUUCGAGCAGACCGUGGAUGCCAACGAGGCCCAUAGUAGCAUGUCCGCUCUCUCUCAGGACAAUGGGUUCUCAUUCCGGUUGCGAGCACAAUCGUCGUCGAUGUGGCCCGCCAUCGCUUACCCGUACGACAUGCAGCAAGCGAGCAAGAGCGCGCCUACAAGUAGCCUCGCAUCACCAGAAGACGCCCCCGGUGAUGCCCAUUGGCUAGGCAAAGCUUCGAAAGGGCGAGCACGCAGCCGCGCACAAACUUUUGUUCCCGGCUGUCAUUUCUCAGCAGUUGCUCCAGACUCCACACUUCAACACGUGCCUUCGAGUCGACCAAGAUGCCUCGAGGACAUCGCACCGCGCCAGUGCUUCUUGCAAGUUCUAGGCAUGUACCGAGAGGUGCUUUGGACAUCGCUGCCUCUGGCAGACUGGCCUACCUUCGCCCACGACCUUUUGCACCGCAGGGAUGCGCACGAUAAGACUUAUUUGGCCUUUGCUUUGAGCUUGACCGCCAUGACCCUAUCAUGGUGCCCCAAUGCCUACCUACCUGAGCCCAAGGCUUUCUAUUUCAAGUUGCGCGAUGUUUGCCACCGCUCCAGUCGAACACUGCAGGAUCGCUCUUACUCGCCUCUGACCACUGUUCACAUGUCCACCCUGAUCAGCGAUUCGCAUUUACCGUUCAGCUGUAUCUGCAGGAGAUAGGCCUGAACGCUGCAUCGGCUGCAUCGUUCGGGGAAGCUGAAGGUCUUCUGGAACAUGCGACCCUGAUGGAUGUGGGUUGCCCUGCUGGAUCUGGCCCUCGGC